AUGGAGACGGAGGAGUGGGUCAACACGCUCAGAGUAAGCGCGGCCAUCAGGGGGGAGUCGCUCAUGGCGGCCUGCUCCCAGAGUUUCGCGGAGCACAAGACCAACACGCUGCUGGGGGACAAGAAGUCGGAGGCGCGCGCGUCGCGAACCGCCGACGUGUCGGUGAUGGAGGGACCGGACGGGCUGCUGCACUGCGCCGUGCUCAGGGGAGACCACGCGUUGGCGGCGCGGGCGGCGCAGUUCCUGGUGGACAAGCGGGGCAGCAACGUCAACAGCAGGGACGAGUGGGGGCGCACUCCACUACACACGGCGGCGGGCAAGGGCAUGGUCGCCAUGGCGAGAUUCUUCAUCAGGCGCGGUGCGGACGUGGAUGCUCUUGAUCAAGACGAUAGGACGCCGCUCUUCUUCGCGUGCGCAAGCGGGAACACUACGGUAGCCCGCUACCUCACGCGCAUCGAGGUCGGCGCCCGGUACGACAUAAAGGACAAGCGCGGGCACCUCGCCGGGGAGUACUUCUGGGGGUCCGUCGACCCUGAGACCAGGGACGAGAUCGUCGCGAUACUCGUGGCCUGCGGGUGGCCGCACCCGCCGCCGCCUCCCCGAAACAACUCGAGGUUGAGGGGCAGGGGGUCGGGCAGGGGGAGCAGCGGUAGGCACGGGGGGCAACGCGGAAGGUCGACCAGCGCCCCCCCCUCGAGAACCGCGUCGCCUCGCAACGACCGCGGCGGCGCCGGGGGCGGCGGAAACGGCCGGGCGAAGAGACACAGCGACGGCGGCGAAGCGGGGAUGAAACGCCUGGCGAGCGACAUGAUGAUGCUCAUGAAGAGGCGUUAGUGCCGGAGGGGGGGGGGGGCUUGGAUACUACGGAGCGCUCUGCGUUGCCUGUUGCCUUGAGAUGCUUGAUGGGGGCCGGCUGCUCCUCUGCUGUCUGGGCUUGGCGCAAAGAUGGCAUGGUUGCCCGCUGCUGCUGCUGCUGCUGCUGCCGUUUCCGCAUUAAGUAGUACCAGUGGCUGCAGCGGUUGGUAUCUUGUCCGGAUCUUUCGCGCGGGUUGUCCGCUGUUGUUUUAUGACCGUGUUGUGGUUUCCCUGUGCCGAGCGAAGGUCAGUUUGAUCAUUUGCACAAUAAAAUUUAUCCGUAAUCUAGUAUCGACUCACCCCGCAAGUUAUUUCCGGGGUGCUUGCUGUGUGUAUCGGCUGGGCACCUGAAGUACGUACCUCUAAACGAAAAAACAACAAUUGAUUAUGGUUCUUUUUAUUUUUUGUAUGUCAAGACUAACCUUAGUGCGUAUGUUUAUUCUUUGUGUAUUGUGCUUUUCGAGUGGGCAUUUGGUGUCGUCGCUGUUUUUAUCUUGUUCGAAAAGCUUCCUCGGAGGUGUUAAAAUACCAUGUUUCUACAUAGCUGGUAUGGUGGCUGCAGAGGGUGCGAUAGGAGAGGAGAGUUGUUCUUGGGUGCGCUCGUGCGAAGCGGGGUGAGGGAGUCUGACAAAUGCACAAGAUUUUCUCCAUUUUUGCUUUUUUUUUCCAUGCGUGUCUUUUGAGGGAAAUUGCUUUUAUCCGGGGGGCUGAACUAGCCAUCCGUUUUGUGAGCCAGGGCCUCCCUCCCUGGCCUUUCGUUUUCGUUCGCUUGUCCGUGCCCCCUGCCCGAGGUUGCCCGGGGUUUGGCAAGCAGGUUUGAUUGGCUUUCGUGCCCGACCUUUCACGGUCUCUCUCUUGUCUCUUGUCUCUCUGUCGCUUGUUUUUCAUGUUGCGUUUUUUUUCCCUAUUUUGCUCGCUCAAAUGUUUUUAAAGGACGUUGUACGUCCGUUAUUACCACCUGCUCGGCGGGCGAAAAAAAGGAGAGUUUGAUCGUCGAUAUGGGUUGUUUUUCCUUCGUUUUUGUGUUCUGUUAAAAAUUUGUUUCGUCUUUGGUAGAAGUUCACACUUUGCAGCCCUGGCUAGAGCAGGCUUGGAAAAUGGCCGUGUUCGAAUCGAAUAUGUGGGUCGUGCAGGUGCCUACCUUUUUACCACUUAUAUUUCUUUGGCCAAGGUUCCAUACUAAUAUUAGUUUGUUUUUUUUUUGGUCUCGCUGGUGAUGUGAUAUUGCAGGACAGCGCGGCGUUGAAUGGUGUCUCGGCGAUGGCCUGCAAAAACCAAUGGGUGGUUGCUGUCUGCAGUUCGUCGGUGUUGGUUGGUGUGCCCACGUGGUGUAAAUGCCCACACACAAAGCACUGGUAGUGGGGGAGGGUGGAUGGACGGUGGUGAGAGAUUUGCUGUUGCAUAGGAAAUAUGUCAAUGGUUAGCUCUAGGUGGAGGCACGAAGUGGGUUGAUGCAGUGCCGCCAUUGGUUUUGAUUCGGAAACCGCACGCGGGUCAAUGGACAGCUAUUGUUUUGCUUCCUACUUCCAAGCGCGAGCUUGGGCCGAACGGAGCACUACGGCACUAACGCCGAUCGUUUUUUGGGAUUCCUUCAUACGUUUAGUACUGGUUUCGGCAGUCAAGUGCGCACGAUUUUGGCGCCGCUGGCUCAUGCGAAAACACUGGUACUGUUUAGGGUUGUGAAUAGAGGUUUUGAUGAUGAUAUACAUAUGUAAGCCGUGCGGUAGGCGUGCUGGCUCGCAGUGGCCUUUAGCCUCGCAAUCCAUCUCUCUCGAUGUGUUGGCUGUCAAAAUAUUUUAGUAGCUUGUGUUUCCUUGAAGAUCAGAUAGUCUAUCAUCUUCAUUUCUCUUGGUUUUGGUCGUGUGAGCGGUGACGCGCCAACGUCUCUGCUUGUCUGCGGCGUCUCGUGUACAUUGAUGAGGCUCCCACGUAUCCUUCCUACUGGUAUUGGUUGACCUUAUUUUCACAGUAAAAUAUGAACGGGUUGUGUUUUUGCCAUUUCUUGCGUCGCCUAUCGUCAGCUUGAGCUGUGACGCUUCCGGCGUCUAGAGGGGGGUGGAGGGUAGGGAGACCCUUGAUGCUCCAGCCGUGGGCCACGAGGGGCGACUUCUGGUACUUUGCAUUGGGAGCACACGCACGUAGUGUACAGUUAACCAUACAAGGUUGUAGUGAGAAGUUGGUCAAAUAUU